ACUAUAUAGAUCAUUUUAGGGGCUUUGUUUUCUCCUAUUCCUUUGUUUUCUUCCUCUUUUGGCUCGUUCUUGCGCUUUUUUGGAUCUAUUCAAUUUUUUAAUCAAUUGUAAGUUGAAAAAAAGCCUUCGUCCUUUUCUGUUCUUUCGUUUCUGUAACCUUAGUUUUAAUCUAGAGAGUUGUAAUAUUAAAGGCAUUAGAUUCUGGAUAGAUCUUCUUUUUUGUACAUAUUAUUGCACUGUUUUCUUUAAUUACUAAUAUUUAUUGUCCGUUGCUUGAAUCUGUAAAUGAUGAAUAAAAGAAAUGUUUGUAAUAUGAAGCCUUUCAUGUUGGAACCUUAGAUAAUUGUCGAUAUAGGGUUAGGGCUUUUUUUAGAUAUGAUCAAGCAGAUAUUCGGAAAGCUACCUCGGAAACCAUCGAAAUCAUCCCAUAAUGAUUCAAAUGGUGAUGGAGGAGUCCAUGGUAAUUCCUCUCCAGGUCCCAAUUCCUUUAACAACUCCAAGCCCGGUUCGGCUUCAUCGAAAUCCUCCAGUUCAUCACGGUUGAACAAUGACCCUCUUAAUUCACAUUCAUCCAGUUCGAAUAAAUCGAAUCAUGGGAAGAAAACAGCCCCUCUUGCAAUCCAAGCUGGUCCUGUAUUAGCUUCAGGGGAUUAUGAGGCUUUGCCUAGUUUCCGAGAUGUGCCAAAUUCAGAAAAGCAGAAUCUUUUCCUUAGGAAGUUGGGUAUGUGCUAUGUGGUUUUUGAUUUUAGUGAUCCAUCUAAGAACCUCAAAGAAAAAGACAUAAAGCGGCAGAUGUUGUUGGAGCUUGUUGAUUAUGUCUCGUCUGUUUCAACUAAGUUCAACGAGGUUGCAAUGCAAGAGAUUGCGAGAAUGGUGGCUGCUAAUCUAUUUCGAACUUUUCCAUCUCCGAAUCAUGAUAGCAAGAUUAUAGAAACGUAUGAUGCUGAAGAUGAAGAGCCAGCCAUGGAUCCUGCUUGGCCUCAUCUUCAGAUUGUCUAUGAACUUUUACUUAGAUUUGUUGUCUCACCGGAAACUGAUGCUAAGCUUGCUAAGAGAUAUAUGGAUCAUCCAUUUGUGUUGAAAUUGUUGGAUUUAUUUGAUUCAGAUGAUCAAAGAGAGAGGGAGUACCUAAAGACAAUUCUACAUCGGAUUUAUGGGAAGUUCAUGGUCCAGCGGCCAUUCAUUAGAAAAGCCAUCAACAAUAUCUUCUACAGGUUUAUUUUUGAGACAGAGAAACACAACGGUAUAGCUGAAUUACUUGAAAUCUUGGGGAGUAUAAUCAAUGGGUUUGCUUUGCCUUUGAAGGAAGAGCACAAGCUCUUCUUGGUCCGUGCCCUGAUUCCUCUUCACAAGCCCAAGUGUGUUUCAAUGUAUCAUCAGCAACUUUCUUAUUGCAUUACUCAGUUUGUUGAGAAAGACUUCAAGCUGGCUGAUACCGUCGUCCGAGGCCUUCUAAAGUAUUGGCCUGUAACUAAUAGCUCAAAGGAGGUAAUGUUCCUUGGAGAGUUGGAAGAAGUUCUUGAAGCAACUCAGGCAGCAGAAUUCCAACGAUGUAUGCUUCCUCUUUUCCGUCAGAUCGGUCGGUGCCUCAACAGCUUGCAUUUUCAGGUAGCUGAACGUGCAUUGUUCUUGUGGAACAAUGAUCACAUAAGAAAUCUCAUCACUCAGAACCGCACAGUAAUACUCCCUAUAAUCUUCCCAGCAUUGGAGAGAAACAUGCGUCACCAUUGGAAUCCGGCGGUUCAGAGUCUCACAUUGAAUGUGCGGAAGAUUUUCUUGGAUGCUGAUCAAGCCCUCUUUGAUGAAUGUUUGGCCAGAUUCCAAGAAGAUGAAGCGAAGGGAAAAGAUAUGCAGGAGAAGCGAGAACUAAUCUGGAAGCGGUUGGAAGAUGUGGCUGCAUCUAAAGCUGUUAGCGACGAGGCUGUACUGGUUUCAGGAUCCAUCUCUUCUAUUGUCAUUGACACAAGCCCAACUCCAAAGGCAACGACAGGUCAAUGAGAGAUGCAACAAAUGCAAUUUGUAAGAAGUCAUUCAAUCCAUCAUAGUAGUGAAAUGAUCCUCCAGUCCAGGGUGCAACCGAAAUGGUACAGCACCAUGGGAACUAGUUGAUGUCGCUUUUGUUUCUAACAAGUCUCUGACCUCUCCUGAAUGGCAGUUGGUUCUCUGGAUGUCAAGGUUGCCUCUUCUUUUUAAAUGUUCUGGCUGGGUUUACUCAUAUUUUUAUCUUCCUUUUACCCCCUUCCUCUUCCAUGAUAUUAAGUUUCAAGUUCGUGUAUUAUGACAUAAGGGUUUUAGUUUAUGAACACAUUUCUUUGGAUUUACUAUUAUAUGCAAGGAUACACAUUUCCUUCUUCUGUUUGCUCACUGUACGGAUUCAAUAAUCCAUGUAUUCUUGUUAUCUUUUAUGUUCUUAUAUAAUUUUGUCUUCUUAAUAA